CGCCGGCUUUGUGACCGUGCGUGCAACGACUCCAUAACGAGACAAUUUCAAAGUCAGCGGUGAUCGGCAAUUUCCGUCCUAGAAAGCGCAUCUUUACCCUUAGUCUUAUCUCAGACGCGCCGCUGUGAUCGUUAAACCAUGCCUCCGCCAACUUCUCGCAGCGUUGAAGCCAUAGCGCGCACUGCUGUACUGGCAACAACUAUUCGACGGAAAAAUAUCAAGAAGGGUCUGACCUUUACGGUCAUGAUUGUUGGGGCAUCCGGUUUGGGGAAGAGCACCUUCGUGAACACUCUAUGCGAGUCGCCAGUGUUCCCCAAGAAAGACUAUAGCAAUCCUGAGAAGGCGGCGAUUGAGCGGACAGUUGCAAUCACCCCAGUUACCGUAGAUAUGGAAGAAGAUGGUAUCAAGCUAUCGCUAACUAUUGUAGACACACCUGGCUUUGGUGACAACAUCAACAACGAGGGAAACUUCCUGGACAUUCUGGCGUAUAUCGAAAGACAAUAUGAUGACAUUUUAGCCGAGGAGUCGCGUAUCAAGCGUAACCCAAAAUUCCAGGACAACCGCGUCCAUGCUCUUCUAUACUUCAUCACCCCAACUGGUCAUUCGCUGCGCGAAAUUGACAUUGAAUUUAUGCGAAGGCUGGGCCGACGCGUCAAUGUGAUUCCUGUGAUUGCCAAAGCCGACAGUAUGAGGCCCCAGGAGUUAGCCGCUUUUAAGAAGAAGGUUAUGGAGGAUAUUGCGUACUAUAAGAUUCCAAUUUACAACUUCCCGUACGACGAAGAAGAGGAUGAUGAUGAAACUAUCGAGGAGAACAAUGAGCUUAGGGCAUUGUUGCCAUUUUCUAUCGUUGGGAGUGAGGAAGAAGUGGUGCUCAACGGCCGGAGAGUCAGAUGCCGCCAAUACCCGUGGGGUGUCGUAGAAGUCGACAACUCGCGGCAUUGCGAUUUCUCAAAGCUGCGCUAUAUGCUCUUGAGUUCUCACUUGCAGGAUCUCAAGGAGAUCACUCAUGACUUCCUCUACGAGCAAUACCGUACAGAAAAGCUUAGUAGAGAGGGAGAUGUUGAUCCCGAUGAAUUGGCAGAUGAGGAAGCCCGAACGGAAGCACAAUAUGCGAAGCGGCAAAUGGAGAUCGCGGCUGCGGAAGCGGCACGAGGGUCAAUGGAUCAAUAGAAUUUAGUUGAGGGAAUAAACGAUUUAUGGCCUCUUUAUAGACGCUUUUAGCGCAAGUACUGUUUAAAGAGUGGCGAGGGGCGAACCACGCCCUGCCGGUUCAGCGUCUUGCCACAAAUUUUGUUAUCAGCCAAGAAUAAAAUAUUGCUCUAGACGUUCAACAAAAAA